AUGCUAUCUACGCCACCACCGCUAGAGGCGUAUACCGCUGAGCGCCGUGCCAGCGAGGAGAUUCCUAAAUCUGAGCUGCUGAGUAGAAACCCUUCCCAGUCUUCACAGUCAUCUGCCGGUGUUAGGGACUGGCAGGAUGUCAAGCUCAGUGAGCUGAUCGAAUCAGCAAAGUUGAUUUUCAUCAAGUCCAACAUCAGCGUGGAGCAAGCGUUCAACGUGUUAGAGGAUAACAACUUGACUUCGCUACCUGUUGAGGAGUUUGAUAACGAUAUGAACUGUUUAACUUUUGACUAUACGGAUUUGAACGCUUACCUCUUGUUGGUUUUAGGCAAGUUGCAAAUCAGCGAACAGGCAUUUGCGCAGAACUCGUCCUACAAGAACCUAGAUGAAGUUGCGGAUCUCAUACAGAAGGCUAAGAAAGGUGAUCAAGUGCCAGUGAAAUUUGUCGUGCAAUUGGCUCCAAAGAAUCCAUUCUACAAACUACCAGAAACUGAUUCGCUUUCCACAGUGGUGGAAAUCUUGGGGUCCGGAGUUCACAGAAUUGCAAUCAUUAACGAACAGGCAACUAGAAUCACAGGUAUUCUCUCACAGAGAAGAUUGAUCAAGUACUUUUGGGAUAACGCCAGAAGAUUCCCAUCUUUGGAACCAAUCUUCCAAUCAACGCUAUCGGAGGUGAAUAUCGGUAACUCAAAAGUUAUGUCAGUGUUUGGAGAUGAACCGCUAAUGAAUGCUCUUGUCAAGAUGAACGUUGAAAGAAUAUCAUCCGUUGCAGUUGUUGACCAUCAUUUGAACUUGUUAGGUAAUAUCUCGGUUACCGACGUUAAAUUUGUCACAAAGUCUUCCCAAUCGCCAUUACUCCACAAGAGUUGUCUACACUUUGUGAGUCUUAUCUUGAACCAUAGAGGUAUUGAAGACGGUAAGGAUUCCUUCCCAAUCUUCCACGUUUAUCCAACUUCCUCCAUCGGUAGAACAAUUGCCAAGUUGGUUGCAACAAAAUCCCAUAGACUCUGGGUCGUUAGACCUUAUGCACCAUCAUCGGCCUCGUCUAACCAAUCAACAUCAUCUGCAUCCUCGGUCAACGUUGAGAGUAAUCCACUCAACCCAGAAAAUGAAGGAAGAGCAGGAAAAUUGAUAGGUGUGGUGUCGUUAACUGAUAUCUUGGGAUUGAUUGCAAGAAGACAUGGUAAAUAUUAUGUUGAUCCGAACCAGGCAAGAAAGCAAAGAAGAAGAUCCUCUUCCUCUUCAACGAGAUCCUCGGGUUCCUUGGAGCAGUUUAGAAGAUCAAUCAGUGGUGCUUCUGAUCUAAGAUGA